GGGGUGAACCGAAAACAACAUACUGGCUUGCCGUUCCUCCCAGGGAAGAAUAAAACGAGUGAAUUUUCAAAAUUGGACUUGUCCUAAAGGCAUAUUAGCACUGGUGACCUGAAAAAAAUGUCUGGAUUUCUAGAAGGCUUGAGAUGCUCAGAAUGCAUUGAUUGGGGGGAAAAGCGCAAUACUAUUGCUUCCAUUGCUGCUGGUAUCCUAUUUUUUACAGGCUGGUGGAUUAUCAUAGAUGCAGCUGUCAUUUAUCCCAGCAUGGAUGAGUUCAACCACUCCUACCAUGCCUGUGGUGUUAUAGCAACCAUAGCCUUCCUAAUGAUUAAUGCAGUAUCGAAUGGACAAGUGCGAGGUGAUAGUUACAGUGAAGGUUGCCUGGGUCAAACAGGUGCUCGCAUUUGGCUGUUCAUUGGUUUCAUGCUGGCCUUUGGCUCUCUGAUCGCAUCUAUGUGGAUUCUUUUUGGAGGGUAUGUUGCUAAAGAAAAAGCCAUAGUAUACCCUGGAAUUGCUGUAUUUUUCCAAAAUGCCUUCAUCUUUUUUGGAGGACUCAUUUUUAAGUUUGGCCGCACUGAAGACUUGUGGCAGUGAAAACAUCUGAUUUAUUACUGCAGAGAAGUCCUGCAUGGGUUUGGUUUUUUUUUUCACUGCUCACUCCCAGUCUUUUGUAAUGCCAUUUUCUAAACUUCUUUCUGAGUGUAGUCUCAACUUAAAUUUGUAUAAUACUAAAAUCAUGAGAACUCCCUAUUUAAACAACAACAACAGCAAAAUCUAUUGUGGUAUGCAUUUGAUUAACUUGUAAAAUGUUAAAGAAAAAUAUUUCAUAUGAGAAAUUUUUAUUACAUUUUAUCAUGGUAUAAUUUGUAAGAAUAAAAAUAAAUCACAAAAGAAAUUAUGGAAGCAUCUUAUAUGAGUAUUUGCCAAGGUGCAAAACUGCAGUUAAAGUUCUCUGAAGUUUUAAUGUGUUUAUUUAAAUGUGGCCUCUUCUGUGUCAAAUGUUAAAUGAAAUAUAAACAUAUUGUUGUUUUUAAAAAACUAUUCAGUGGUCAGAAUUCUUUCUUAGUAUACUUUGUGUUUGGUUUAUAUGGUUAUGCCAAAAAUUCUGUAAAUAUUUCAGUGUAAGUAACUAUUGAGCAUCUCCCAAGGGAUGAGUGAACAUGUUGAAAGAGAGUAGCCCCACAAUCCUGCCUCCAGUCUCCUCAAAAGUGUCCCUUCAGUGGUACUGAUUGGGGGCGGGGGAGGGAAGGGGGUGAGUAAUAACUCAGCUGUGAUACCUGGUCCUGGUGGGACGCUGACAGUCACUCCACAGCCACCAUGGAAGGAAAGAGGAAGAGGAUAGGGACUUGACACUGGUCUUUACCCACAUGACUAAUUCUGUUGUCGGUUUGAUAAUAAAUUGGAUUCCAUUUCAUUGUAUUUCUGUACUGAACCACUAAGCUCAAGGUAGACCAGCCGGGUCAAUUAUAAUGACAGAUGUUAACUACUGGGAAUUCUUAGUCUGUUCCUCUUUGGAAUUCUGUUAUCCCCCAGGCUCCCCACUUUGGCAAAAUGGGAAUUUUUUUUUUCUUUAAUAAACCAGCUAACUGUGGGGUACAUGUUCUUCAGAGCUAAAGCUUGAAAUGUUUUCUUUCAUAAAACUUGCUACAAUUAGCCAUUCAUUAAAUGCCAAAUAUCACUUAGA